CCGCCGCCCAAACAGACCCAGAGACCAAUUUCUCGCAACGAUGGUCAAGCGCAAGGUCGGGGCCCUCGAGAAGGUCGAAGCGGAUCUUGCCAGCUUACAGUAUCGGUGCCGACGAGACCCCCCAUCGUACCAAGACGAUUUCCAAAACCAGUACAACCAAUAUGAGACGUUUCGCGAACUUUUCCUGAGCAACCCCUCUACCACCGAUGAUAGUGGGAUUGUGUCCUUACGGGAGCUUAUUGAAUUUGUCUCUCACUGCGCUGAUUGCUAUCCUACGGUCACCGCACAGUUUCCUAAUCAACUCAUCGAACUAUUAACUUUACACCACGAUGAGCUAGAAAUUGAACUGAGAGAUAAGAUUGUGGGAAGCUUGGUGUUACUCAGGAACAAAGAUGUUAUUGAUUCCAGCACUCUGUUGAACACAUUGUUUCCCAUCCUUGUCACUACUUCCAGCAAGAGUCUCCGAGCGCUACUGUUUAGCAAGAUUCUCUCCGACCUCCGCGUUUCAAAUUCCAAAGGAACGAAUCACCGACUCAAUCGUACCAUCCAGACCGUCCUUUUCAACCUCCUCACAUCUGAUCGGGAAUCGCCGAAGGGAAUCUGGGCCGUCAAAAUCACGCGGGAAUUGUGGAAGCGGCAAAUAUGGACGGACGCCAAAGCUGUCGAGAUCAUGAAAGAGGCGAGCUUAGCGGACAAUGAGAAGGUGAUAGUAGGAGGCGUACGCUUCUUCCUAGGCGGGGACAAGGAACGUGAGGAGGCUGCCGAAGAGAGCAGCGAUGGAGAAGAUGACAUCGACAUCAAUAAGAUCCGCCAUCAAGUCGGCAUCAACAAGAAGACAAAGAAGAAGGAGCGAGAGCUAAAGAAGGCGGCCGCCCAAGUGAAAAAGAAGGAAAAGAAGAAGAAUGCGCCCCACCCGCUCAAUUUCUCCGCCCUGCACCUUCUGCACGACCCUCAAGGCUUCGCAGAAACUCUGUUCUCCAAGCAUGUCCAGAACUCGAAAUCGAAACUUCCACUGGAGUCAAAACUACUGGUUCUCAACCUUGUCUCGCGUCUAGUCGGCCUUCACAAACUCACCGUCAUAUCCUUGUACUCGUACUUCCUGAAAUACCUCACUCCCAGACAGGCCUCCGUAACAUCGUUCCUCGCCUGCUUAGCGCAGGCUACACACAACCUUGUCCCUCCGGAUGUCCUAGAACCGCUUGUGCAGAAGAUUGCCAACGAGUUCGUUUCGGAAGCGGCUGCAUCAGAGGUUGCAGCUGCGGGACUGAACGCUAUCCGCGAAAUCUGCGCUCGGCAACCCCUGGCAAUGAAUGACACAUUGCUACAAGAUCUUGUCACGUACCGCAAGAGCAAGGACAAGGGCGUUGUGAUGGCUGCGAGGGGUCUUCUCAGCCUCUACCGCGAAGUGGGAGCUGAGCUGCUCAAGAAGCGUGACAGGGGUAAAGAUGCUGCACUGGGCCUGAUUUCUGGACAGCUCAAAGAGCGUAGAUUUGGCGAAGAAGAGGCGUCACAGAUUCUGGGCCUCGAGGAGUUCGAGAAGUGGAAGGAGGAGGAGCGGCGGAAGAAGCGCAUUGCGAUGGGUCUUCCACCUGAUCUCGCGACGGACGAAGAGGAAGAAGACGAGGCCGAGGACUGGAAGAACUGGGAGGUGGAGUCAGAUGACAGUGACGAUUCCGGUGGCUGGAUCAACGUCGAAAGCGAUGGUGAAGACAUCGUCAUCAGCGACAGCGAAGACGAGAAAGAACCACCAGCCAAGAAAGCCAAACUGGGCAGCGAGGAUCCCACAGAAGGUACAAGCAAGUCCAAGAGCGAAGAGCCCGAGGGCAAGAAGCUCUCCAAACUCCUCACGACCACCAUCAUGACGCCUGCGGAUCUGGCCAAGCUCCGCGAGUUCCAGGCGGCCGCUUCCGUAAAGUCGAAUAUGCCGUCUGCGAAACGCCGUGCUGCGCUGGCUAACACGCACUUUGAUGAUGCCAUUACGGCGGACCAGAUUGAAGCUCCGGCACUGCUUGGCAAGAAGAAGACGAAGGAAGAGAAGAUAGCCAUGGCCAAGGGAGAUAGAGAGGAGCAUCAUCAAAGUACCACGGCAAGGAGGAAGGAGAAGAAAUUGGCCGAGGGGAAGAGUACGACGAACAAAGAGAAGGCGAGGAAGAAGAACUUCCUGAUGACCUUGGGUAAAGCGAAAGGGAAGCAGAAGAGGAGUUUGGUGGAUGUGAGGAAGACGUUGAAGGGACAUAUUGAACGGCAGAAGAGAGGUGGGAAGAGGGGGAAUAAGGGUUAAGUAAAGAUCACGAUAUCCGGGGGAUUGAGAUGUAGAAUACGUUCUGAUACCCAAUAAGUCAAUAGAUGCAACGACGCAUUCCGUGC